CUUAGGUUCAGCGUUGCCAAAUUGUCGUACUCAGUCUCUUAUAUUUCCCGAUUUCAUACCCAAAACUGUCUCCUCCACCCCAAUAGCUAGAUUCACUAAUAAUUAUCGUUGAAAUGGUUAAUUAUUGAUGUGUUUCUAUUUUCUUGCAGUAGUUGUCGGUCAAAAAACGAAAAAUACGAUGCUCGGAGUACGAAAAUCUGGCAUCGCUGCUUGGGGCUUUAUAAGCAGGGUUCCCGCGGCCGUGACUCAUUCAAACGCUUACCGCUGUGCUAACCUUACUAGUAUUACGCCACCAUGAGAGAAAUUGUGCACAUUCAAGCCGGCCAGUGCGGCAACCAGAUCGGGGCAAAAUUCUGGGAGAUCAUCAGUGACGAACACGGCAUCGACCCCACGGGCACCUACCGCGGCGACCAUGACCUGCAGCUCGAGAGGAUCAACGUGUACUACAACGAGGCCACCGGCGGGAAGUAUGUUCCUCGGGCCAUCCUGGUGGACUUGGAGCCCGGUACAAUGGACUCCGUCAGGUCGGGUCCCUUCGGCCAACUCUUCCGACCAGACAACUUCGUGUUCGGCCAGAGCGGCGCCGGCAACAACUGGGCGAAAGGUCACUACACGGAGGGCGCCGAGCUGGUUGACUCCGUGCUGGACGUGGUGAGGAAGGAGUCCGAGGGAUGCGACUGCUUGCAAGGCUUCCAGCUCACACACUCCCUCGGCGGCGGCACAGGCUCUGGCAUGGGCACUCUUCUGAUCUCCAAAAUCCGAGAGGAAUACCCUGACCGCAUCAUGAACACCUUCUCCGUGGUGCCCAGUCCGAAGGUUUCUGACACGGUCGUGGAGCCCUACAACGCAACCCUUUCCGUGCACCAGCUGGUAGAAAACACAGACGAGACAUACUGCAUCGACAACGAGGCGCUCUACGACAUCUGCUUCAGGACUCUCAAGCUCUCCACUCCUACCUACGGCGACCUCAACCACCUCGUCUCCCUCACCAUGUCUGGCGUCACCACCUGCCUACGAUUCCCUGGACAGCUCAACGCAGAUCUCCGCAAGCUGGCCGUCAACAUGGUGCCCUUCCCUCGACUUCACUUCUUUAUGCCCGGCUUCGCGCCUCUCACUUCCCGCGGGUCACAGAUGUACCGCGCCCUCACCGUCCCAGAGCUCACCCAGCAGAUGUUCGACGCCAAGAACAUGAUGGCCGCGUGCGACCCACGCCACGGCCGCUACCUCACCGUGGCCGCCGUGUUCCGAGGCCGCAUGUCCAUGAAGGAGGUUGACGAACAGAUGCUCAACAUCCAGAACAAGAACUCCUCCUACUUCGUGGAAUGGAUCCCCAACAACGUGAAGACCGCUGUGUGUGACAUCCCUCCCCGAGGCAUCAAGAUGGCCUCCACCUUCAUUGGCAACUCCACGGCCAUCCAGGAACUCUUCCGCCGCAUCUCCGAGCAGUUCACGGCCAUGUUCCGGCGCAAGGCUUUCCUCCACUGGUACACGGGCGAGGGCAUGGACGAGAUGGAGUUCACGGAGGCGGAGAGCAACAUGAACGAUCUGGUCAGCGAGUACCAGCAGUACCAGGACGCCACCGCCGAGGAGGAGUACGAGGACGAGGAGGAGCACGCCGAAGAGGCUUAAGCUCUCCCCCUCCCCCUCACCGCCACUUCCUCCUCCGUCAGUGUCGCCACGCUCUCCUAGGGUUACUGGUAUCCUGUGUAGUUUCAGCUUGGCUAAGGUUAUCAAGUCCCAAAAGUUAUCUCAUAAAGCCAUGGAGGAUU